UGGCACACGACAUGGUACCGACCGCGCUCCGCCGAGCAGUCCUCGAGUUCGCCAUCGACGUCUACCGCCCGCUCUCGAUGGACGCCGCCGCCUUGCGCCUCGUCAACCAUGCGUGGGCGGAUGCCGUCGCAAGCGUCCCACUGCGCGUCCGCGUGCACAUUCUCUCGACCACGUCGCAGCAAGACGACCAUGUCGUGCGCCUCUGCGCUGUCUCGGCCGACCCGUUCCGAUACCCGCUCGUGGCCAACGUGCACAGCGUUGACGGCAUGGACGCCGACUACUUUGCCCAAGUCGAGCUGCACCCGUGGACAUGGAUGACGCUCGAGACAAGCGAUGCGCUUCACGCUGCCCUCACGCGCCUGCUGGAGCGUGCGACUGGGUCGCAGCACGUGGUCGUGACCAACGUGAUUGCGAACGCCAGCAAGUGCCAACCGCCCAAGUUUGCCGAUGCCGUUGCGUACGAAGACACGCUCGACGAUCGCAAGUGGUGCCGGCUCAAGCGCCGCAAGACGGCGGACGCGGUGCUACCGCUCUCGGCGCUGCGAGCUGUGCGCAUUCAACCUGGCGCGCUUCUUCAUUGGCGCGAGUUCAAUUUGAGUUUUCUGGACUUUCCGCAAUUGCGCCAGCUCACUUUGCACCAAGACGCGUGGCAUCUCAACACGUCGUACGAGCGCCAUGGAGCGCUGACCACGCUCGACUUGCACGUCGACGGCUGGCAGGUCGCCGCGUACGACCAGAGCAUAUGCGCCAGCAGCGUCUCGCUUCGACACGUCCAGUGUCCUUUGCUGGUACAGGCGCCGUUGCAUGUCGAGACGAUCGGCGUGCUCCUGCCGACAGAUCUGAACAAGGCGAAUGGCGCCGACCCGAUGCUCGGCGAGAACGUGCAAACGCUCGUCAUUGCUACGACCGAGACGGCGUGGACGGACGGCCACGACGACUGGCUGCGCCAUGUGACGUCCCAAGUGACCAAGGUCGUCGUUGGCGUCGACGACAAGCACCUGCCUGAGAUGCAGGCGCGCGCAGCCCAGUGGAGGACGCAGUAUCCGCGUCAGCAAUGCGUCGUUGAGCGGAGGGAUCCAUCAGACAUGGAUGCUGAUCCAAGCGACGACUUUCCCUCGUACCUUCGCCAGGCGCCGUAACCACGACGUGUAUAUAUCAAUUUUCCAAA